GGAGGCGCCCAGGAGAGUUUAUAAUUCGCUGAAAGACUCAAGUAGAGUGCACUCGUCCGGCCUUACCUGUGUUUGUGUCAUCUCACUCCUUUUACCUUUGUUGUUGUCUUUCUGGUUUAAAGAAGGAAAAUGAAGUUAACCUUAAUCGUUCUGGCGGCGAUCUGCGCGGCUACUUACGCCCAGAGUCUCGCGGAAUUACAACAGCUGUUCGAGCAAGCCGUUGGAGGACAGUCAGGCAGCGGCGGGUCGACUUCGGGCAACAGACCCAAUAGACCAAACAGACCAAACAGACCUUCGGGGGGUAGCCUUGGAGGCGGGUUCGGGCAACAAGGUGGAUUUGGACAACAGGGUGGAUUUGGCCAGGGUGGAUUUGGACAACAGGGUGGAUUUGGUCAAGGUGGAUUCGGGCAACAAGGUGGAUUUGGACAACAGGGUGGAUUUGGUCAAGGUGGAUUCGGGCAACAAGGUGGAUUUGGCCAGGGUGGAUUUGGACAGCAAGGUGGAUUUGGUCAAGGUGGAUUCGGACAGCAAGGUGGAUUUGGCCAAGGUGGAUUUGGACAGCAGGGUGGAUUCGGACAACAAGGUGGCUUUGGCCAGGGUGGAUUUGGACAAGGAGGAUUUGGACAACAAGGUGGAUUUGGCCAAAGUGGAUUCGGACAACAAGGUGGCUUUGGUCAAGGUGGACUCGGGCAAGGACAAGGAAACUGCAAAUUCUUCUGCAGGAGACCACAGGGAUAUGUAUGCUGCUAAAACGACAAACAAACAAAAAAACGGAAGUAACUCGUAAGAUCAGAGUGUGUUUGGUUUCAAUAAAUUUCCUGAAUACACAAAA